ACCGAGGGGCCAGCAUGGCCCGCCCGCAGGGGGGCCGGACCGCCGCGCACGCCGCCCGCGCCCCUCGCCCUGCCCAGCCCGGGUCACCGGCGCUCGCGCCCGCCGCUUAGCACUCGGGCGCCGCUGGAAACAUCGCCGCAGACGGACACAAUGGCGGCAGCGGCCGCCACCGCCGGCUCUGCCGCUUGCAGCAGCAGCUGCGCCGGCACCGACGCCGCGGGCCCCGCAGGAUUGCAGCAGCCGCAGCCCCCGCCCGCCGCCUCGCCGGCCCCGCCGCCGCCCGAGCCCCCCAGGAAGUCUCGCAUGGACCCGCGGCGCCGCCAGGCUGCCCUCUCCUUCCUCACCAACAUCUCGCUGGACGGACGGCCGCCGCUGCCGGACGAGGAGUGCGGCGGCGGCGAGGAGAGCGGCGCGGCCAAGCCCGGCGCCAGCAGCGCCUGCGGCGCGAGGACUCGGCUCAGCCUGCUCGCCGCCGCCGAGCGGAGCGGCUGCAACGCGCUCGCCGCGGCGGGCACGGCGGCGUCAGUCGCCGGAUCGGGCCCCUACUUCCCGCAUCCGUCGCCGCUGCUGCCCAUGGCCCCCGGCGGCCACGCGACGGUGCCGGGUCCCGCGGCGGCCCGGGGCUUCGCGAGCCCCCUGGGCGCGGGCCGGGCGUCGGGGGAGCAGCUGCAGCCGCCCCGGGCGGCGCCUACCGCCGCCUGCGCUCAGCCGCAGCUGCCUGACGGGCGCGGGGGCGCUGGGCUGGAAGAGCUGGAGGAGGACGAUGCCUUUAGCGGUGUGCAGGUGCCGGCGGCCGCCUUCUUAGGCUCCGGGGCCCCCGGGAGUGGGAGUGGCAGUCGGGGCCGCCUCAACUCGUUCACUCAGGGAAUCCUGCCCAUCGCCUUCUCCAGGCAGACCUCGCAGAACUACUGCUCCCUGGAGCAGCCGGGCCAGGGGGGCAGCACCAGCGCCUUGGAGCAGCUGCAGCGGUCCCGACGUCGCCUUCUCUCCCAGAGGUCGUCCUUGGAGACCCUGGAAGACAUUGAGGAGAACGCCCCUCUGCGGAGGUGUCGAACUCUCUCAGGUUCGCCCAGACCAAAGAACUUUAAGAAGAUUCAUUUUAUCAAGAACAUGAGGCAGCACGAUACCAGGAACGGCAGAAUAGUCCUUAUCAGUGGCAGAAGAUCCUUCUGUAGUAUAUUUUCCGUGCUGCCAUAUCGCGACAGCGCCCAGGCUGGGGAUAUGAAGUUGGAUGGAGGAAGACAAUCAGCAGGUGCUGUGAGCUUGAAAGAGAUUGUUGGUCUUGAAGGCGUGGAGCUGGGAGCUGAUGGGAAGACUGUUUCUUACACCCAAUUUCUGUUACCUACAAAUGCCUUUGGAGCCCGGAGAAAUACCAUCGACUCCACCUCUUCCUUCUCCCAGUUCCGUAACCUGAGCCACCGCAGCCUCUCCAUAGGACGGGCAGGCAGCACCCAAGGGAGCCUCGACACAGGUAGCGACCUGGGAGACUUUAUGGAUUAUGACCCAAAUCUCCUGGAUGACCCUCAGUGGCCUUGUGGCAAGCACAAGCGAGUUCUGAUCUUCCCUUCGUAUAUGACCACAGUCAUUGACUACGUGAAGCCCUCAGAUCUCAAGAAGGACAUGAAUGAGACCUUCAAGGAGAAGUUUCCUCACAUUAAGUUAACGCUCAGCAAAAUACGGAGUCUGAAACGAGAGAUGCGGAAGCUUGCUCUGGAGGACUGUGGCUUUGAGGAGCCCACGGUGGCCAUGGCCUUCGUCUACUUUGAGAAGCUUGCCCUCAAGGGAAAGCUGAACAAACAGAACCGGAAGCUUUGUGCUGGAGCAUGCGUGCUGUUAGCAGCCAAAAUUGGAAGUGACCUCAAAAAACAUGAGGUUAAGCAUUUAAUUGAUAAACUGGAAGAGAAGUUCCGGCUGAACAGACGAGAACUGAUUGCCUUUGAAUUCCCUGUGUUGGUGGCCUUGGAAUUUGCCCUUCAUCUGCCAGAGCAUGAAGUCAUGCCCCAUUACAGACGCCUGGUCCAGAGUGCCCAGCACAGACCCCCUAGGAGAGCCUCCUAGGGUCUGCUUCCUCUGGGCUCAGCAGAGAAGCCCUUCCUACUGGAAAAGCAAACACAACUCAACACACCAAACUUUUUUCUUUCAACAUGUUUUUGUGUAGAAGCCAUACCAGAAGCUUUACAGGGAGCCUUCGGUCUGGCCAGCCGAGAGGAGCUGUGAGCUGUUUCACACAUGGCAAGGGAAUGGGAGACCCAUGCAGAGGACAGCAGAGGCCCUGCCAGCCAUCCAUGCACAAGACUUGUUAGCGGUCCCCACCCCAGCCUUCCUCCUGGGCACACAGACCCUGCCAGCUGGCCCAGGGCCUUCUCUCCAGACCUGUUUAUUACAACUCAUAGAGUGUGAAGUUCUAGGACAGAGUGGAGAAGAAAAUUUGCCGAAGUUGGGGGAAAGUUUUUAAAAGAUACCCUCACUGUGUCAAAAGAGCAUGCCAAUCUAUUUUUGUAUCAACUCUCAGAAGUGCACUUUUCCCGGGGCGUGUGGAAGCAUGAGUGUGAGAACCUGUGUGUCUGAGAGGGGCUGCAGUAGUCCUCGCCCUCUUUAGAGCAAAGUUCCGCCUGGGGUCCCGAGUCAGGCUGACCUUUGGCAGUCAUUUCUAGAUAAUCUGGAAUAAUAAUCUCUCUCUCCAUACCAGAGUACCUGACAUCUUCUACCCGUAGAAAAUAACAUUGUUUCUGUUACUGCUUCUCCCACCAGUGGGACAAAGAAGACAUGUCCUCGGUAUUGGAUGGAUUGCAUGGAAGUACCAGAGUGUGGCGCUCUGUACCUUUCUGCAGUCACACUGUGUGCAUAUGUUUAAUCUUUGCACUUUUCCCACCAUGGAGAUGGCUGGGGUUGCGCUCCAUGGUGGUGUUCCAUGCUCUAUGUUAGAGUGCAUCAUAAGCACAUUUACUGUGCUCUGUAUAUAUACAUAUAUAUAUAUAUAUAUAUAUAUAUAUAUAUAUACACACAUACAUAUAAAGUUUUAUAAAACUAUCCAGAAUAGGGGUAAGGUGCAUGAUUGGGGUCUUGAGCUGAGGUUGAGUCGAUUAAAGAGUCAGUGACUUAUUGCCACAUACCCAUGGCUGUCAGUGCAGAAUUUUAAUUCUAACUUGUACUGACUCACUGGGAUGACCUUUACUGGGGCAUGUCACCACACCGUCACCUCAUAGCCACAAGAGAGAGGGCCCACUGGGGGUUUGCCUGACUGAAGAAAGCCCAUGGCCAUGUAAAAAGAGAAUUAAAAUGUUUUAUUCUUUCUAUA